UAAAAUAUAGUUUAAUGGUACGAUGAAGGAACGCAAGUUCGUGGGCCGGAUUUUGCCUCUUAAGAGCCCUGUUGUUGCAGGUGUAGAUGAUGGCGUUUCCACUGCCCCUUGUUCCCAGGUCGCGGAUGCUGCCUCCUCACCCCUUGUCCGGCGCGGCACGUGGCGCCGUUCCCUGUCCCCAGCCGCACGCCUCGCCAUCCUCCUGGGUCCCCAGAGCUUCAGCCCUGAUGCGGAGUCUGCGGGACAGGAGGCACAGGGCCAAGGCAGCCAUCCGUCGAAUGAAACGCAACCUGACGCCAGCGUCAAAGGCGUGGACGAGGACACGCAACACGGAUGUGAGUGCCAUGCUCAUGCACCUUGACCUGAGACCGGGAGACGUGGUGCUAGAGGCCGGGUCGGGGAGUGGAGCCAUGAUGCUGAUGCUGUCCGGUGCAGCAUCACGCAGGCCGUGGAUGUGGCGGCCACCGUUCGGUCAGAGCGGCUGCCGGUGAGCGUCGAGCUAAUGCUGGAGGUGUCCCACUGAAGCUGGGUCAUCAAUUCCCGCGCUGCACAGAGACGGCAGUCCCUACAUGAGACCCACGCGGGUCGGCGAGCUGGACGAGGGGGACGGAGGUGAGUGUGGUGCGGCGAGGCCUCAACACCGCCCAGCCCACAGUAGCUGGGUCUGUGCCACGACCUGUGACUGAGCCGUUACCACACUGCUCAUGGCACCCGGGCUUUGCUAAUGAUCUCCUCAGCCAACCUUCACCACGCUACCCACGGAAAUUGUCAUCCCAUGGCUUGUCGAUGAACCUUCACACCACCCACAGUAGCUGGCUCCGUGUCACGAUCUGUUACUAUGCCUUCACCACACUGCUCACGGUGUGGAGAGAUGAUGACCAAUCGUCUGGAUUUAAGAAGAGGUAUUGAGAGUGGCUGUGUCCACGUUGGUGGGAUGCGAGGGCGUGUGUUGUGCCCAGGAGGUCGCGAGGGUUUUGGGCGACAGUAACCCUUCUCCCCUCCCACGUAUUUUUUAAACAGGGUUAGAGAAGCCAUCGCUUCACUGGUGGGUGGUGGACGCCGCCGUGCCACUGUGGGCGGUGUGUAUAAAGGGUAGGCGAUCACGUCUGGUGCAGAGGCUCAGGUGAGUUGGCAUCGGCAAACUUCAUUGCACGUGAGUUCUUAACCAUUUUACCCAUCCCGAGGCGGUCUGCAAGUUGCUGGGUGCGGUGUCCCGUUCGCCGCCGAAUGUCAGAACGUGCAAGCGGUUCGCCGUUAGUUUCAUUUAGAGAGGCGUAGCGCUGUUGUUUUUAAAGACAUUGCACUCACCGCAGAGAACCGUAGCGACACGACCGAACUCUACGAUAGCUGGCGCCAAACUAUGCCACAUGCCCUCCCACAUGACCUUGUGGGAGCCUCGGGUACGUCUUCCGACCUGAAGACGUACCUAAUAAAAUUAUUUUCUUUAGAUUUUUUCUCAUUAUUUCGUUCUGAUGACGUACACAUACGUCACCGGAAUGGGAGAGGGUUAACAGUCAACAUAAUAUUGACUGUUAAGAAACGUAAGUGUGCUCGGGCAGCAGGGCGCAUCGUCAUUGGCGUGGAUGAUGAUCGGCGAUCGAGACUAAAGGAGCAGCGGUUGCCAAAAAAAUGGAAACGCGGCCAGGAGAGGACAUCCACCACGGAGACGGAGCAAAGGAAUCAGUUUGUGUGCUGGAGUUUGGGGAGUUGUUGCAUCGUAGGACCUUGAGGGGUGAAAACGGCAUGGAGAGAUCUUAAUACAGCAAUGUUUAGAUCAUGGUCGAUGAUGAUGUGUCAGACUCCCACCUUGCAAGGUGAUGAGGUAAUCGAUAGCAGUACAGUCUAGAGAAUUACUACUGCAAAUAACGUGUGCUAUGUGACUAUAUAUUGCGUAUGAGUGUAUAUCAUAUGCAUGUGUAUUUAUCUUUGUUUGAUACUUUUAAGGGUUGUGCAUGUGUAUUGCUGUGUUUACAUGCAUAGUGAGUUCAACUGAGUCACAGAAGUACUCCUUGGAGAAAACACAUUAAUACCAAAACAAAGGGGUAACUGCCCCUUCACCAGAUAACAACCUCCGGUGGUGGACCACCAGGCUAACUACACUAAUUACACCG